AGAUAGUUAAGUCAAUGUCAAUGAGCUGGAAGAGGGACAGCGACAGAUAAAUGUUGUUAUUUUUUAAUUUAUGUCAGACAAGGUUAUCACGUCAAGAUUGUUUUGAAGAUAAUUCAACUAUUUUACCAAUAGGAAGUGAAAAAAUGCUAAAAAGAGGCCUGAAAAUAGCUCUUGUCCAGUUAUCAGUGGGCCCGGACAAAGCCAACAACGUGUCCCAAGCAGUCAGCGAAAUACACAAAGCUAAGGAGAAAGGUGCGCAGGUGGUCGCUCUGCCAGAAUGUUUCAACUCUCCUUAUGGGACCAAAUUCUUUGAAGAAUAUGCGGAGGAAGUGCCAGCGGGUGAGACCUGCCGGGCGUUGUCCCGGGCAGCUGCGGAGGCCGGAGUGUGUGUGGUGGGGGGGACAGUGCCUGAACGGUGUGGGGACAAACUGUACAACUCUUGUACCGUCUGGGAUGCCCGUGGGAAGCUCCUAGCACAUCAUAGGAAGAUGCAUCUAUUCGAUAUUGACGUCCCAAACAAGAUCACAUUCAAAGAAUCUGAUGUACUCUCGGCGGGAGAUCAGAUUACGACGUUUGACUACGAAGGAGUUAGGAUUGGAAUUGGGAUCUGUUAUGAUGUGAGGUUUGGGGAGAUGGCUCAUCUCAUGGCUAAUAAGGGCUGUUCUCUUCUUAUCUACCCUGGCGCUUUCAACAUGACGACUGGUCCCCGUCACUGGGAGCUCCUGGGGCGGGCGCGGGCCAAUGAUCAGCAGCUGUGGGUGGCGCUGGUGAGCCCGGCGCGCGACCCCGCCGCCGGCUACGUGGCCUGGGGCCACUCCAUGGUGGUGGACCCCUGGGCGGAGGUCGUGGGGAAGCUGGAUGAGAAGCCGGGGACGCUGGUUGUGGAUAUUGACUUCACCAAAGUGGAAGAAGUCCGCAGCCAGAUACCAAUCAGGUCCCAAAGAAGAACUGAUGUUUAUGACACAAUAGAAAAAAAGUAGCAUUUAUUAAAUGUACUACUAUAUUUUCUAAUAGUUGUAUAUUUUGUUAUUACGAAUGGUGAAUAUAAAAAUAGGUAUACUACUUAGUUUAAAAAGAGGAAGAAUUUAUAAUAUAUGCUAAGUAGGUACAUACAUUUAUUUACAUAAUUCAAUCAUUUGUAGAAAAAAAUGCCAAAGAAAAAUAUCUUUCAAACAUUGGUUUUAUAGGUGUAUGUUAUGUACCUAUGUACGUUGGUUGGCAUAUUUUUGAGAAAGUAAACAAAUAACACGUGAUUUUAUAGUUGUUUAGUUUUGUUGGAUAGUAUUUAUCAUUUUCUGUAUAACUGUGUGUAUAUCAGAAGAUAGCCGCUCUUUGGUAUUUACUUAUCUAAACAUAUAUAUCAAAUUUCUAUCCUUGACGUGGUAGACGGAGCCAAUAGUUCCAAAGGCUAUACAUAUAGUCACAUCUAUAAUCCAUGCGGGGGAGACAGAACCAACAUUGGUGAUUCUAAAGUGCCGAAAACCACACGGCGAAGGCUUUUAUCAGCUGAAAUGUUUAAUUGGCUAAUCGAUAUUAAUAUUAGAAAGCUGAAGAGUUUGUUUUUUUUAACGCGUUAAUCUCAGGAACCACUGGAUUGCGUUGAAUAGACCAUUUAUUGAGAAAUGCUUUAGGCUAUAUACAUCAUGCUGCAACUAUAAGGAGCAAAGAAAUAAUGGAAAAUGUGAAAAAAAAAACGGGGAAAUUUAUUUAUCUUUGAGUUCUUCAGUGAUGCCAAAAAUAACUUCCACGCGGAUGAAGUCGCGGGCACAGCUAGUUACUUAUAAUUUGUAUGUGAGCGUUUAGAGCCACAGUGGUAUCACCCUAAUAGCGAUAAUUACCAUAAGUGCAGCUAUUACCUUCAUAAUUAUGCAAUCAUGAAACAUAUUUGGGGCAGACCGCAUAAACAAGCAAUAUUCGAUGAUUAUUAUCAUGUGAUUUAAGUAUAUUAUUGAGAUGUUAGACUGUAUUUUGUCAUUGUUACUUAUUUUUGUAAGUAUAUUGCAUACAUAAUAAAGAUUUGAAUUAUUAAAUCA